AUGGCCACCUCGCUCCGCUCCAUCAAGUCGCUCGUCCCGCUGCUCGACCGCGUGCUUGUGCAGCGCAUCAAGGCCGAGGCCAAGACGGCCGGCGGCAUCUUCCUGCCCGAGUCGAGCGUCAAAGAGCUCAACGAGGCCAAAGUCCUGGCCGUCGGCCCCGGCGCGCUGGACAAGGACGGCAAGCGCAUGCCCAUGGGCGUGUCGGCGGGCGAUAAGGUGCUGAUUCCUCAGUACGGUGGAUCGCCUGUCAAGGUCGGUGAGGAGGAAUACCACCUCUUCCGGGAUAGCGAGAUCUUGGCCAAGAUCAACGAUCCUGCACGGCAUCUCGAGAGGCGAACGGUCAAGACGGCUGCGGUUGAAAUUGUGAUAAUGGUGACGCGGGGCACAGUUGCGGAUACCGGAUGGGUGAUCCAGGUGCAUCUGCCAUAG